AUGAUCCGUAUCUUAUUAAUUCUUUCAUACUUUCUCUCAUCAAUUAUUCAAGUGGCUUUCACCGAUGUCUAUGUGUAUAAUGAUGCAAAUAAAGUUAUUGAUGAUUAUGAUGAUCAAUCAGCGAAUUUUGGACCAUCCGUUCCAUCCAACGGAUUAACAGGAUAUGUGACAUUAACAAAUCCAAGAAAUGCAUGUUCUAAAGUAGCACCACCACCUAAUGUCCCAACACCUAAAUAUCGUUGGAUUGCACUUAUUCCUCGUACAAAAUCAGAGGAUAUGUGUGAUUUUGAUCUUAAGGUACUAAAUGCGCAAAAUGCAAAUUUUAGUGCAGUUAUUAUUUAUAAUUAUGAAGAUGCACUUAUCACAAUGGGUCCACAUGGGAGAGAUAUACAGAUACCGUCAACAUUAAUAAUGCACUCUGAUGGUUUAUCAAUUAUCUCAAAUUAUUUAUAUAAUGAAACAAUAUCUAAUUCAACUUUGCAGUUUCAUAUAAAAAUUAAUACUGAACAGAUAUAUAAAUUUGGUGCUUAUUUAAUACCAUUUAUUUGUAUUGUUAGUGUAUCCUUUUUUGGUCUUAUGGGUUUUAUGUUAGUGAAAUGUUAUUUACAACGACGUCGUUCACGUCGUCAUCGUUUACCACGUUCAGCACUUAAACAAUUAAAAAUUAAAAAAUUUGCUAAAGGUGAUCGUUGGGAAGUUUGUGCUAUUUGUUUAGAUGAUUUUGAAGAGGGUGCAAAAAUACGUAUAUUACCAUGUGAUCAUGCUUAUCAUAUGAAAUGUAUUGAUCCAUGGUUAUUAAAUAAUCGACGUCAAUGUCCAAUAUGUAAACGUUAUGUAUUUCCUAAUCAUGAUAAUUCAGAUGAAGAAGAAAACAAUGGUCAAACACCAACAGAACAAACACCAUUGAUACAACCAUCUAAUGAUAAUACAACUCCAGUUCUUCCAAGAACUCGUCUUAUAGAACGUCGAUUCAUUAAUUUAUCAAGUGCCGGUGCUCCAAAUUCUACAACUACUAUUAACGAAUCAUCAGAUAGUGACGAUGAUAAUAAUGAUGAUGAUACAUCGUCACUGUUAAGACAAAUAACAAACACUAAUCAUAUUACUACUAAUGAUCUUGUAUUCAAUCGACCAUUAUCGAGUUCUCCAAGUUAUUCAGAUUCAAAAUUACCACGUGUUGUUUUACGUGAAUCAAGUUCGGAAGAUAUUGACAAUAAUGCAACAAGAACUACAACAUAUGAAAGUUUGCAUGAUUCUCUAUCAACGUCAUUUACAACACCACGUGCUGCGAAUUUUUUUGUUGGUUCACCUGGUGGUACAACUGAUAAUACAAAUAUAUCAGCACAUUCAGCUAUUGAAAAUGUUAGUGACAUUGAAACUGAUGAUAAUGAUGAACGAAUGCAUUCAGUAUUAACUGAUGUUGAAAUAAAUCCUGCAUAUGUGCCUGAUGAUGAAAUAACAAAUGUACCUCAAACGAACUUGUAA